UCUGCAGCGAGGAGAUGUUUGUGCACAGACACCUCCGGUAGCAGAUUUGGCCUCACUGCCCCUCCCCACAUGCUGCCGGAGCCUUGGCCCCGGCGGUCUGCAGGAGGCUGAGGACCGAGGACCACGCUGGGGCAGGGAGAGCUGCAGCCCUGACCCCGGCAGCCACGGGGUUGUGCGGAAGCAGCGCCAGCCUGGCCAGGGCAGAGGCAGCCCGGCAAGCCCUGGCUCCUCGGGGCUGGCCUGCUGGCUGCCCAGGGACCCCGGGGUCCUGCCCUGGGACAGGAGCCCCGAGUGACCUGGCAGAGCAGACGGAGAAGGCUGCGCUGAAGUGCCAGGCAGGAGCUCAGGAGAUACCCCAGAAGGCCUGGCCUGCAGCCCCUGCCACUUCCACGCUGCCCACCCCUGACGGUGCGAUCCUGAGUUGCCAGUUUGAACCCCCGCUGCAGCGGUGCUGGGUGUUAGUGCUCCAGCAAGCCUGAGAGACAGGCAGGUGAAAGGAUCAUCCUCGGGGCUGUCACCGCCCUGAGCCUCAUGGUCGUUUAAUAUUUCACCCAUUAACUUGGACUGAUAAACCUUGUGGGAGCGAGAGGCUAAAAGCCGUGCCAGCUGGGCAGCUCCACGAGCACCGCUCCCGCAGCCCCACCAUGGCGGCCGGCUUCUUCAUCAGCAAGACCGUGGGCAUCGUGGGCAUCGUGCUGGGCCUGGGGGCUGUGGCCACCAUCAUCGCACUCUCAGUGGUGUAUGACCAGGAGAAGAACAAGGUGAUGGAUACUGGCACCACUGCCACUACCACCACGACCGCUGCCCCCACCAUGACCGCCACCACGACCACCACCCCCACCACGACCACCGGCUCCACCACCACCACCACCACCAUGCCCAGCACCACUGCUGCCCCGAACAAGCCCUGGGACCGGUGGAGGCUGCCGACAACGCUGAUGCCAGAGUCCUACGAGGUGACCCUGCAGCCCUUCCUGAAGACGGUCGUCAACAACACGUACAUCUUCAAGGGCAACAGCACUGUGGUCUUUGUCUGCCUGGAAGCCACCGAUCUCAUCCUCAUCCACAGCAACAAGCUGGAAUACACCAUGCAGGGGAGCUUCCACGCCUCUCUGCAGGCGGUGAGCGGCUCCAGCGCACCAUCCAUCUCCAAGACCUGGCUGGUGCCCUCCACCCAGUACCUGGUGGUGCAGCUGAACGGUAUGCUGCAGCAGGGCCAGCGCUACCGGCUCUUCACCAUCUUCACGGGGGAGCUGGCUGACGAUCUGGCUGGCUUCUACCGCAGCGAAUACGUGGAUGAGUUUGGUGAAAAGAAGGUGGUGGCCACCACGCAGAUGCAGGCAGCUGAUGCACGGAAAGCCUUCCCCUGCUUUGACGAGCCAGCCAUGAAAGCCAAAUUCACAGUGACGCUGAUCCACCCGUCUGACCACAAGGCCCUUUCCAACAUGCCUGUCAAGAGCACCUGGCAGCACGAUUUCAAUGGGACGAGCUGGAAUGUCACCGAGUUCCACGCCACCCCCAAAAUGUCCACCUACCUGCUGGCCUUCAUCGUCAGCCAGUUCGACCACGUGCAAAACGACUCGGGAGAUGUGCUGAUCCGCAUCUGGGGCCGCCCCAAGGCCAUCGCCGAGGGCCAGGGCAACUACGCGCUCCAAGUGACUGGCCGCAUCCUCAAAUUCUUUGAGGGGCACUACAACACAUCGUACCCGCUGCCCAAGUCUGACCAGGUUGGCCUCCCUGACUUCAACGCGGGUGCGAUGGAGAACUGGGGUCUGGUGACUUACCGGGAGAACUCGCUGCUCUUUGACAAUGCCAGCUCCUCCAUCGGCAACAAGGAGCGGGUGGUGACCGUCAUAGCCCACGAAUUGGCCCACCAGUGGUUCGGGAACCUGGUGACGCUGCGGUGGUGGAACGACCUGUGGUUGAACGAGGGCUUCGCCUCUUAUGUGGAGUACCUGGGUGCCGAUGCAGUGGAGCGCUCCUGGAACAUUAAAGACCUGAUGGUGCUGAACGAGAUGUACGUGGUGAUGGCAACGGAUGCCCUGGCCACCUCCCACCCGCUUUCCUUCCGGGAGGACGAGAUCAACACCCCAGCCCAGAUCAGCGAGGUCUUCGACAACAUUGCCUACAGCAAGGGAGCAUCGGUGCUGCGGAUGCUCUCCGACUUCCUCACCGAGGACGUGUUCAAGGAGGGACUGCAGUCGUACCUCCACACCUUUGCCUACAGCAACACUGUCGCCUUGGACCUCUGGAUUCAUUUGCAAGAGGCUGUCACGAACAACAAUAUCUUGCUGCCCAGCAACAUCAGUGACAUUAUGGACCACUGGACGCUGCAGAUGGGCUUCCCCGUGGUGACUGUCAACACCCUCACCGGCAGCGUCAGCCAGGAGCACUUCCUGCUGGGCAACGCCUCUGCCGUGGAGAGACCCUCCGUCUUCAACUACACCUGGAUCGUCCCCAUCACCUGGAUGACGCAGGAAGCUACUGGGGACAGGUACUGGCUGACCAAAAGCUCAGAAAUCUACGACCAGUUCAAGGUGAACAAGUCCAGCUGGCUCCUGCUGAACCUCAACGUCACCGGGUACUUCCGUGUCAACUACAAUCAGGAGAACUGGGACCAGCUCCUUCAGCAGCUCUCCGUAAACCACAAGGCCAUCCCCAUGAUCAACCGUGCCCAGAUCAUCGACGAUGCCUUUAACCUGGCCAGGGCCAAGCACAUCGACGUGACCUUGGCCUUGAGGACCACGAAGUUCCUGAGCAAUGAGACAGCAUACAUGCCCUGGGAGGCAGCACUCAACAACCUCCAUUACUUCCAGCUGAUGUUUGACCGCAGCGAGGUCUUCGGGGUGAUGUCGAAAUACAUACAGAAACAGGUGAUGCCCCUCUUCAACUACUACAAGGUCAGCACCGAUAACUGGACCAGCAUCCCGAGUGGCCUGAUGGACCAGUACAACGAGAUCAAUGCCAUCAGCACAGCCUGCUCUUACGGCAUCACUGAGUGCCAGGACCUGGCCACCAACUACUUCGUCCAGUGGCAGAAAAAUGCCACAGAGAACCCGAUCCCCCCGAACCUGCGCUCCUCCAUCUACUGCAGCAUUGUGGCCACGGGUGGGCAGAAUGCCUGGGAAUUCAUCUGGCAGAGGUUCAAAGAGGCCACUGUCGUGUCCGAGGCUGACAGGCUCCGCACAGCCCUCUCCUGCAGCCCCCAUCCCUGGAUCCUCAACCGGUAUCUGCAGUACACCCUCGACCCCAGCAAGAUCCGGAAGCAGGAUGCCACUGCCACCAUCAACAGCAUCGCCAGCAACGUGGUGGGGCAGCCCUUGGCCUGGGACUUCAUCCGCGGCAACUGGAGGAUGCUCUUCACCCAGUAUGGGGGCGGCUCUUUCUCCUUCUCCCGGCUGAUUUUAGCAGUGACGCAGCGGUUUUCCACGGAGUUUGAACUGCAUCAGCUGGAGCAGUUCAAGGCAGACAACCAGGACAUUGGCUUCGGGUCGGGGACACGGGCGCUGGAGCAGGCACUGGAGAGGACCAAAGCCAACAUCGAAUGGGUGAAGGAGAACAAGCAGGCGGUGCUGGACUGGUUCCAGCGCGAGACCUCCAGCUAACCGCGCAGCCCCGGACGCUGCGCACCCUGCUCCUGGCCCGGCCGCACGGCCAGCUGGCGCGGGAUGGGCUGCGGGGACCGAGCCCGAAGCUCCCAGAGCCUAACCGCCCUGUGGCCGGGCCGGACCCUCACCCACUCCCCAGCUCUGCUCACUCCAUCCUCUCCAGCCCCCAGCCCCAAGCGCUCCCUCCCAGCGGCCCCCGUGUCCCGCCCCAGGCUGGACCAGCGGGGUCCUUCGCUACUCAUGAGGGGCAGGGUCCGCUGCCUGCGGACAGGGCCUGGCACCCGUAUGAUGAGCAGCAGAGCGGGGACGGGGGGCUUUGGGCUGGUGGGGGGGCCCCGCUGCCCUUGGCGGCCUGGGGCGGCACUGGGCUCUGCAGG